AUGCCUAUUACUUUGAGAUGGGGUAUCCUCGGAGCAGGAAAUAUUUCUUCUCAGUUUGUCCAUGAUCUCGUGCUCAACAAUUCGAGAGCCGACAGUGGAAUCAUCCACAUAGUAAGAAGUAUUGGAUGCUCUUCUACUUCCAAAGGACAGGACUUCAUCAAAGACUGCAAUAUCAACAGCACAAAUAAUGAAGGAAUUGCACCUGUAGUUCAAUCGUAUGACGAUUUCUACCAAAAUCCCGAAAUCGAUAUUGUUUAUGUCGGUACACCCCAUACUUUCCACAAAGUUCAGGUGACCAAAUCUUUGGAAGGCGGAAAGCAUGUUCUCUGCGAGAAGCCAUUCACAGUCAACAAGAAGGAUGCAGAGAAAUUAUUCCAAUUAGCCAAGGAUAAGAAAUUGUUUCUUAUGGAAGCCGUUUGGACGAGAUUCUUCCCAUCUAUUAAGCUCUUGAAGAAGUAUGUCUACGAAGACAAGGUCAUAGGUGAUGUACACAGAUUAUUCUCUGAUUUCGCCUGGAAUGCCGAUAUUCCAAACCUAGAGCCAACUAAUCGUUUGAGAGAUGUCAACUUGGGUGGAGGUUCGUUGUUGGACAUUGGAAUCUACUCCAUUACGUACUCAAGAAUAUUGCUUGACAAUGCCGUUGGUGAAUCCCACACCAAGUUUGAGUUCAAGUCGUUCAUGUCUUUGGAUGCACGUGAUGGCGUUGACUACAACACGUCUAUCAUUGUUCAAUAUGCUGAUGGUAAGCAAGGUAUUUUGUCUUGCUGCAACUAUACUACAGGCAAAAUGCCAUUCUUGAGAUUGGAAGGCACAAAGGGUGUUGUCGAAAUGUCCAGUGAUAAUCCAGCUCGCCCUAGACAGUUCAAGAUCACUUUUGACGAUGGAAGAGACCCAAUUGAAUACAAGGACGAAUCAGGCUAUAAUGGAUUUAUCUACGAAGCCAAUGCCGUUGCCAGGGAUAUUGCUGCUGGCAAGAUAGAGAAUGAUACUAUGCCCGCAGCUGAAACUUUAUUGGUCAUGGAAAUCAUGGAUAAAAUCAGAGAAGAUGCUGGGUUGGUCUACCCCCAAGAUGGGCAACUAAUCUAG